CGUGCCUCUUUCUGACAAUAUUCUCUGAACGUCUUCUCUCUCUCUCUUUCUCUCUCCUAUUUCUUUUGUAUUUCUCUGCUUCUCGUUUGUCUGGGUGCUUGUGCCCCUCUCACUAAAUCUUAUCAAACCUCGGUUGGCUCUAAUUAGUAGCAAACACAACAGUUAAUUCACCAACAAAUCCGAAAAACACAUCAAGUGGAAGCAAGCAAGCAUCAAUGUCAACACUGUUUGCACUUCUCCUACUCCCUUCCCAAACUCACUUCUUUUAGGGUUUCUUUUUCUACCUUCUGGCUACUCGAUCGCUACUACACUUUCCUCGCAUCGCUUUCGCUGGAUUUACCGUUGCUGAUUUCUGGUAUGUAUCGCAGCGAAUCUACUUUACCAAACCUUUCUCAUUGUUUCAUCUCUUGUAAAUCGAUCUCUAUGUUUAUUAUCACAUCUUUCGAGAUUCUAUAUCGUUGCCAAUUCCGUUCAAGAAGAAAAAAUCCCUCUUUAUAACGUGAAGAAUCUUGGUGGCCAAAAUGGAGUUAGAUCUAUGGAUUCUCAGUCCAUUUGAUGAUUUUUAACCUGAUCAGUCUUUUGACAAGUUGUGGGAUCGUAAUACCAGUACAUUUGCAUCUUUAUAUCCGAAAAUGGAGUUCCUUAAAAUGAGAAAGUUCAGAAAAGCCCACAAACCAAACCCAGAAAAGGAAUCCGACAACAAUCCUGUUCCUGUUCCGGGUCCCGAAGAGCCCAAGAAAGAUAACGACGAUGACUUGGGGAAAUCGGCGACGGCGGAUGUCGAUAAUGCUACAGAAGCCGAUGAGGACGACGAUGACUUUAUCAUGAACGAGGUAAAGAGAAGACUGAAAGAACUGAGAAGGAACAGUUUCAUGGUGCUGAUACCUGAAGAAACAUGUCCCGAGGAAGAGGAACCAGAGGAGGAGGAGGAAGACGAAGGUCAAGCCAGCUCCAAUGAGUGGCGGGAUGUAGAAGCAGAAGGCCGACAAUUAUGGUCUUGUUUUGGUGCUUUCUACGAUAAGUACUGUGAGCGCAUGUUGUUCUUCGAUCGUCUCACUACACAGCUCUUAAAAGAAAUCGGUUCACUCAAUCCUUCGACUCCAUCACCAAGGUCUGUGUCCAAGAAGCUUACAUCCCCUCUUCGAUGUCUUUCUUUGAAAAAAUUCGAACCCCCUGAAGAUGAAACAGAGCACCUGCAACAACAACCAGAGAAUGAUCCAUAUCUGGAUCUUGAAACAGCAUACGUAUCUCAACUUUGCUUGACAUGGGAGGCACUUCAUUGCCAGUAUACUCAACUAAGCCAGAUUCAAUCUGAAAAUUCCAAAUGUUACAACCAUAGCGCACAACAGUUUCAGCAGUUUCAGGUUUUGCUGCAACGGUUUAUUGAAAACGAACCUUUUGAACGUGGUCUUAGGCCUGAAGUUUAUGGUCAAACAAGAAAUUCGCUUUCUAAACUUCUGCAAGUUCCGAAUAUAUUAGGUCAAGAUAGAAAGGAGAUGACAGAAGAGGAAUCGGAAAUGGUGGUGGAAGCUUCAGAUCUUCUUAGAAUAAUUGAGACCUCAAUUCUUACUUUUCAACUGUUCAUAAAGAUGGACAAGAAGAAGUCAAAUGGUGUCCGGAAUCUAUUUGGAGGUCAGAAUCAGAUGGUUACCCCUGUUCAGCAGUUUCAGGCGUCACUGGAGAAGAAAAAGGUGAAGUUGAAGGAGCUGUGGAAAAAGAGGAAAGGUGGGAAGAAAAAUCAGUGGCCUGGAACACAAGAGGAGGUGGAGUUGUUACUUGGGGUUAUAGAUGUGAAGGUGAUAAACAGGGUGUUGAGGAUGGUGAAGAUUAGUAAAGAUCAAUUGUUUUGGAGUGAAGAAAAGAUGAAGAAACUGGAUUUAUCAGCAGCAAGUGGAAAACUUCAAAGGGAUCCAUCUCCUAUUCUUUUCCCUUGUUGAUAUAAUGUUUUUAGUAUCUAUGAAAAGAUGUAGUCCAAGCUUUUUGUUUAAAGACUCAUUGUAAAGUCAACCUCAAGGGAUUUGUUAUUUCAUGAUCUUGGAUAAGGUAGGGUA